UGUCUCUUUAAGUCCUCUUAAAACAGCUAUAAACUAUAAAAGUCGUGAGGGAUGAGCGUUCAGGCGUGACCUUGAAUAUAAGAUGUCCGACCUAAAUUUCUCAAAUUAAAAAAGGAGCAGAACGAAAUAAUUUGCUUUAGUUUUCCUCGUCUGGCUGAAAAGGCAGCGUGAGGGAACUUUCUCCCGGUUUAACCUCAGAUUCCUCGAACUUGAGCGGGAAAAGGGCAACGCCAGACGGGAGUGCACGCCGCUCUCGCUAGUUAAGCCGGUGACCAGACGAACAGCACUAACUAGUUGUGUCGGGGAAACUAUGGGAUGGAUUGCCAUGGCAACCGACCAGACGUCACAAUCUGGGCAUGUGUGUUCCAUUUUUGUCUCUUUCUUAUUUUCAGACUGGAGGAUUUGGAUAGAGAAGAGGGAGAAAGGGAAAAUGUUUUUUGUCAAAAAAACGGGGCAGCCAUCUUUUAUUUGAUUGAGAGCAGAUUAAAAGAAAAUUAAGCCUCACCUUCAUUUGGACGUCUCCCGAGCAGAUCUGGGCAUUCAGAGGGUUAAGUUUCAGGACUUUUAUUCCUCUGUCUCGGAUGUGAUUUUCUUGUUAUGCGGUAAAGAUGCCCGGAUCGCUCAGCAAUGAAGAUGAGGGGCAAGACGAUAUGGAUUUUGAGGACGACGUGCCAGAUGAUGAGGAAGGUGAACUUCAAAGAAGUGUCCCCCUGUCACCACUAGAGAGAUUCUUCUCUGAAGAGGAUAAUGUUAAACAACAUAAGAAGAAGAAAACCAGUAAGAUAAUGGAAGGAAAGGAGCCCAAAGUUAAGAAAAAGAAGAAAAAGGAGGGGCUUCCCAGCGGGCUGGAUGACAUGUCAGACAGAGAGGAUCAUGGCCACAGGUCGGGGAGCGAGAGCAGCACCUACAGCGCCCUGAAGAAGAAAAAGAAGAAGCCCAGAGAGAAGAAAGAGAGGAAAAUGAAACAGCGAAAGAAAGAGGAUGAUGAGGAUGAGGACGAUGACGAUGAUGGAAACAUGAAGGAACCAAAGUCGUCCAGUCAGCUAAUGCAAGAGUGGGGUCUCGAAGAUGUCCAGUAUGCCUUCUCGGAGGACGAUUAUAAGACUAUCACCAACUACAAAGCCUUCAGCCAGUUUCUUAGACCCCUUAUCGCCAAGAAGAACCCCAAGAUCCCCAUGUCAAAAAUGAUGACAGUGCUUGGAGCAAAGUGGAGAGAGUUUAGUGCAAACAACCCGUUCAAAGGCACCUCUGCAACUGCUGUGGCGGCUGCUGUGGCCGCUGCCGUGGAAACUGUCAAUGUGGCUCCACCCAUCUGUAUUAGAAGUAUCCAACAGAUCUCUCCAACUGGGCCAAUCAAAAAAGCCAAAACCAAAGAGGGAAAGGGGCCUGGUGCUAAAAAAAAGAGCAAGCCAGGAAAAGAAACAAAAAAGAAAGGAAAACCGAAGAAGUCCAAAUCGAAAGCAGGCCCGGGUGGAAAAAGGAAAAAAGGCUCUUCGAGUGAGGAGGAUUUCCUGGAUGACUUUUCAGACUUUGAUGACAUCAGCAUUCACAGUGCCUCUGUACGCUCAGACACUUCAGCGGCAGCAAAAAAGAAGUCAAGUCGCAAAGGACGAAAAAAAAGAAAAAGAGAGGAUGGAGACGGCUACGAGACAGACCAUCAAGACUACUGUGAGGUUUGUCAGCAGGGAGGAGAAAUCAUUCUGUGCGACACCUGUCCCAGAGCAUAUCACCUGGUGUGUCUGGAUCCAGAGCUGGAAAAAGCCCCCGAGGGCAAAUGGAGCUGCCCCCACUGUGAAAAAGAAGGGAUUCAGUGGGAGGCCAAAGAUGACGAAGAGGAGGAAGAUGAGGUUGCAGGUGAAGAGGAAGAUGACCAUAUGGAAUUCUGCAGAGUGUGUAAGGAUGGAGGAGAGCUGCUGUGUUGUGACACAUGUCCUUCCUCCUACCACAUCCACUGUCUCAACCCACCACUUCCUGAGAUUCCCAAUGGAGAGUGGCUGUGCCCACGAUGCAUGUGUCCACCUCUAAAAGGCAAAGUCCAGAAGAUUCUGCAUUGGUCGUGGGGCGAUCCUCCUCUGCCACCUGAGGUUCCCCUUGGGCCGGAUGGGGAGAAGGUGGACAAUCUGGCCAAAACACCACUUAAAGGCCGUCCAGAGAGGCAGCUGUUUGUAAAAUGGGCUGGCCUGUCCUACUGGCACUGCUCCUGGGUCAGCGAACUACAGUUGGAGCUGUAUCACACAGUAAUGUACCGGAACUACCAGCGCAAGAAUGACAUGGAUGAACCGCCACCGUACGACUACGGCUCUGGGGAGGAGGAGCUUAAUAAUGAGAAGAGGCGGAGCAAAGACCCUCAGUAUGCUGCCAUGGAGGAGCGUUUCUACCGCUACGGCAUCAAGCCAGAGUGGCUGAUCAUUCACCGCAUCCUCAACCACAGUUUUGAUAAGGAUGGAGAUGUACAGUACUUGAUAAAGUGGAGAGAUCUGCCGUAUGAUCAGUGCAGCUGGGAGGCUGAUGACUUCGACGUCCCAGAUUAUGACAGCCUUAAACAAGCCUACUGGGAUCACAGAAACCAGGUGCUCGGUGAAAAUCAUCAGCCCCUGCUGUUCAGGAAGGGAAAAAGACCCAAAGAGGAAAUGAAGAGGAGAGAGCCUCCACCAGACACUCCAGUUGUGGAUCCCACCAUCAAGUUUGAACAGCAGCCAUGGUACAUCGAUGACACUGGGGGAACUUUGCACCCGUACCAGCUUGAAGGUCUGAAUUGGUUGCGCUUCUCUUGGGCUCAAGGAACCGACACAAUCUUGGCUGAUGAAAUGGGACUUGGCAAGACUGUGCAGACUAUAGUGUUCCUGUACUCACUCUACAAAGAGGGUCAUUCCAAAGGGCCGUUUCUGGUCAGCGCGCCACUUUCCACCAUCAUCAACUGGGAGAGGGAGUUUGAAAUGUGGGCUCCAGAUUUCUACGUGGUCACUUACACGGGGGACAAAGAGAGCCGGGCUAUCAUACGUGAAAACGAGUUCACUUUUGAGGACAGCGCUGUCAAAUCAGGACGCAAGGUUUUCCGCAUGAAGAAGGACACGCCAAUUAAGUUUCAUGUCCUGCUGACAUCAUAUGAACUGAUCACCAUUGAUCAGGCUAUACUCGGCUCCAUUACCUGGGCCUGUUUGGUUGUGGAUGAAGCCCACCGACUGAAGAAUAACCAGUCAAAGUUUUUCAGAAUUCUCAAUGGCUACAAAAUCUACUAUAAGCUGCUCUUGACUGGAACCCCUUUGCAGAACAAUCUGGAAGAGCUUUUUCACCUGCUCAACUUCCUCACCCCGGAGCGCUUCAAUAACCUGGAGGGCUUUCUGGAGGAGUUUGCGGACAUCUCGAAAGAGGACCAGAUUAAGAAACUUCACGACCUGCUGGGGCCACACAUGCUCAGGAGAUUGAAAGCUGAUGUGUUUAAGAACAUGCCAGCAAAAACCGAGCUCAUCGUGCGAGUUGAACUCAGCCCUAUGCAGAAGAAAUACUACAAGUUUAUUUUAACAAGGAACUUUGAGGCUUUGAAUUCCAAAGGAGGAGGGAACCAGGUGUCCCUUCUGAACAUCAUGAUGGACCUGAAGAAAUGCUGUAACCAUCCCUACCUGUUUCCAGUGGCUGCAGUGGAAGCUCCGGUGUUACCCAAUGGCUCUUAUGAUGGUAACCUUCUGGUAAAAUCCUCAGGGAAACUCACCCUGCUUCAGAAAAUGCUCAUAAAGCUGAAAGAUGGAGGACACAGGGUUCUCAUCUUCUCUCAGAUGACAAAGAUGCUGGAUUUGCUGGAGGACUUCCUGGAGUUCGAGGGGUAUAAAUACGAGCGCAUUGACGGGGGCAUCACAGGCGGGCUGCGACAGGAGGCCAUCGAUCGCUUUAACGCACCCGGCGCUCAGCAGUUCUGUUUUCUGCUGUCCACACGUGCUGGAGGAUUGGGUAUCAAUCUGGCAACCGCAGACACAGUAAUCAUAUAUGACUCUGACUGGAAUCCGCACAAUGACAUUCAGGCAUUCAGCAGGGCGCAUCGAAUUGGUCAAAAUAAAAAGGUGAUGAUCUAUCGCUUUGUAACUCGGGCAUCCGUAGAGGAGCGGAUCACCCAGGUGGCCAAGCGAAAGAUGAUGCUGACCCACCUGGUGGUGCGGCCCGGCUUGGGCUCCAAGACGGGCUCUAUGUCCAAGCAAGAGCUAGACGACAUCCUCAAAUUUGGCACUGAAGAGCUUUUUAAAGACGACGUGGAGGCCGCCAGAACGAUGGGUGAGCUGAAGGUGUUGGAGAUGAAGAGUAUUGUACUUCCACUGUGCGUUCCAAUAGCUGAAGUCCUAAAUCUGUCUUCAACAGGAGACAAUAAAGAAGGAGAGGAGGUCAGUGUGAUCCACUAUGACGAUAAUGCCAUCUCCAAACUUCUGGACCGUAGUCAAGAUGCCACCGAAGACACUGAGAUCCAGAACAUGAACGAGUACCUGAGCUCAUUUAAAGUGGCUCAGUAUGUCGUGAGAGAAGAGGACGGAGAGGAGGAGGUCCAGAGGGAGAUUAUUAAGCAGGAGGAGAAUGUUGAUCCAGACUAUUGGGAGAAGCUCUUGAGGCACCAUUAUGAGCAGCAGCAGGAGGAUCUGGCUCGAAACCUGGGCAAGGGGAAACGCAUCCGCAAACAGGUCAACUAUAAUGACGCCUCUCAAGAGGACCAAGAGUGGCAGGACGAUCUUUCGGAUAAUCAGUCUGAGUACUCUGUCGGGUCUGAAGAUGAAGAUGAAGAUUUUGAGGAACGGCCUGAGGGUGGACGCAGACACUCCCGCAGACAGCUGAAGAGUGAUCGGGACAAACCAUUGCCGCCACUGCUGGCUAGAGUUAGUGGAAAUAUAGAGGUUUUGGGAUUUAAUGCCCGGCAGCGAAAAGCCUUCUUGAAUGCGAUUAUGCGCUGGGGAAUGCCUCCGCAAGAUGCCUUCAACUCACACUGGCUCGUCCGUGACCUUAGAGGGAAAAGUGAGAAGGAGUUCAGGGCUUACGUGUCUCUGUUCAUGAGGCACCUGUGUGAGCCGGGAGCAGAUGGAGCAGAGACAUUUGCAGAUGGAGUCCCAAGGGAAGGCCUGUCCCGCCAGCAUGUUCUCACCCGGAUCGGUGUCAUGUCUCUGGUCCGCAAGAAGGUUCAGGAGUUUGAACAUGUGAAUGGGAAGUUUAGUACACCAGAUCGGAUUCCUGUAGGAUUAGAGCUGAAAAAACUAACAGAAAGUGUCUCGUCGGAUCCAAACACCCCUGUUCCUGCCAGUCCUGUUCCAACUCAACCCAGCACACCGGUUCCUUCAGAUAAGACAGAGUCAGUGUCCGGGUCUCAAGAAGAUAAGGAGAUUGCAGAGCCAGAGAACACCAAACCGCUGGACCCUGAGCCAGUUGUUCCAGAACCCUCUCCUGCGCCAGAAAAGACCAAUGAGGGAGAAGAAACAAAAAACGGCAGUCCUGAAGAGAAACGAUUGGAGGAGAGCGAGAAAAGUGACACCCCUCCAGUCCAAUCAGAGCCAUCAGCCAAUCAAGCACCGCCACCUACUAAGCAAUGUGAGCAGCCAGCCAAUCAGACACCUUCAGACUGUGGUAAAGGAAAAGAGACUUCUCCAGAAAGAGGGGAAACUAAACCCAGCCCUCCAAAAACAGAGGAUAAGGAACAAAAACCAGCCAUUCCUGAUGAUGUAAAAUCUGAAGACCCUCCUGAAAACCAAGUGAAUGGAGAGAAAGAUGUAAGAGAUGAGACGGACGAGGGCCACAGAGAUGACAAGAGCAGCAUCAAAACUCGCUUCAUGUUCAACAUUGCAGAUGGAGGAUUCACAGAGUUGCACACGCUAUGGCAGAAUGAGGAACGCGCAGCUGUGUCAUCUGGCAAAAUAUACGACAUCUGGCAUCGUCGCCAUGACUACUGGCUGCUGGCUGGCAUCGUAACACAUGGUUAUGCCCGCUGGCAGGACAUUCAGAAUGACCCACGUUAUGCCAUCCUCAAUGAGCCUUUCAAGACUGAAAUGCAUAAAGGGAACUACUUAGAAAUGAAGAACAAGUUCCUUGCCAGACGCUUUAAGCUACUGGAACAAGCUUUGGUCAUCGAGGAGCAGCUCCGGCGUGCGGCGUACCUGAACAUGACUCAGGACCCCAGUCAUCCUGCCAUGGCCCUCAACACACGUUUUGCAGAAGUGGAGUGUCUGGCCGAGUCUCAUCAGCACCUCUCCAAAGAGUCUCUGGCUGGUAACAAGCCAGCCAAUGCAGUGCUGCACAAAGUGUUAAAUCAGCUGGAGGAGUUGUUAAGUGAUAUGAAGGCGGAUGUGACGCGUUUGCCCUCCAUGCUUUCGCGGGUGCCACCAGUGUCCGCGCGGCUCCAGAUGUCAGAGCGGGGCAUCCUCAGCAGACUCACCAGCCGGGGCAAUGAGCCGCCACCUCAGCAGCCUUUCCCUCAGGGCUCUUUCGGCUGUUCUCAGAUGUAUAAUAGCAGUUUCGCCGGAGGGUUUCGUGGACCUGGAGGCACCGCCAUGGUGAACUAUAGCCAGAUGCCCCUGGGGCCGUACGUCAGUGUUUCCUCAAACGGGCCUCCUGCCCCUACCAGCCUCCUGGAGAAGAAGUCGAGUGACGUCCUGCGAGAUGUGUGGCCAUGAGGGACAUUUGGAUCUCUGCUAACGCUGAGCCGUCUGGAGGUGCUAGGGGUUUCUGGCCAGCUGAAGGACCUCUGCUUUUGCUCCUGGCUCUGCUCAUGAAUGAUGUGCUGUUGCUGCCCCUGCAGGUUAUUGCUGUGUAGUGCAUCUAAACACAGAAUAGUGCAAUGACUGACAUAUUCUCUGGAAAACCUCAGAUGAUUUUGCAUUGUCACCACUUAUGUAUGCUUUCAGAACUGUACUAGGUUGUGUUUCCAGUUUACAUUACUAGAAAAGGAAAAGAGUGUUGAUGAAAGCUAAAGAUGCUCCCAGUAAUGAAAUAAUCUUAAUAAUUAAAAGGUUUUUCCCUCAGUAACACAUUUGCUUAGACACAGUGUUGAAAUGCCAAUCAAAAGCAAGUUUUGUAGUAUACAAAAUUAACUGUAAGAUUUCAAAAUUCAAAAUUGUCCUUUGCACACAAAAAAUAAUGUUUUUUUUUAACUGCAGUGUCUUGCAUAACAAAUUCAGUACAAUCAAAAGUAUUAGUAGCCUAUUAGAAGCUCAAUUUAGAAGGAGCUGGGCUCACUCAUGUGAGAUCACAUGACCUGCAUGCCUAAUAAAUAUUCACUAGUACAAAAAUAUAGCACUUUUGAGUGGUCAUAUACAGUUGAAGAAUUAUUAGCCCCCCUUUCGAAUUUUCUUUUCUUUUUUAAAUAUUUCCCGAACG